GAAGCGGCAGCGUGGCGGGAGCGGGGCCGGGCCGGGGAUGGCGGUGCCCUUCGUGGAGGACUGGGACCUGGUGCAGACGCUGGGGGAAGGCGCCUACGGGGACCUUCCGCACCCCGCUGACCCCCCGCCGGCCCCAGGGUGCAGCUGGCCGUCAACCGCCGCACCGAGGAAGCUGUGGCCGUGAAAAUCGUGGACAUGAAGCGAGCGGCCGACUGCCCGGAGAACAUCAAGAAGGAAAUCUGCAUCAACAAGAUGCUCAAUCACGAAAACGUCGUCAAAUUUUACGGGCACCGGCGGGAAGGUGCCACGCAAUACCUCUUCCUGGAAUACUGCAGCGGUGGCGAGCUCUUUGACCGCAUCGAGCCCGACAUCGGGAUGCCGGAGCCGGAGGCUCAACGUUUCUUCCAGCAGCUGAUCGCCGGCGUGGUCUAUCUGCACAGCAUCGGCAUCACCCACCGCGACCUGAAGCCAGAGAACCUGCUGCUGGACGAGCGAGAUAACCUGAAAAUCUCCGAUUUCGGCUUGGCCAUCGUCUUCAAGCACAACGGCCGGGAGCGGCUGCUCAACAAGAUGUGCGGCACCCUGCCCUAUGUGGCCCCCGAGCUGCUGCGGCGCCCCGAGUUCAGGGCUGAGCCCGUCGACGUCUGGGCUUGCGGCGUGGUGCUGACCGCCAUGCUGGCCGGAGAGCUGCCCUGGGACCAGCCCAGCGAUAGCUGCCAGGAAUACAGCGACUGGAAGGAGAGGAAAACCUACCUCCCGCCUUGGAAGAAGAUCGAUUCGGCACCUUUGGCUUUGCUGCACAAGAUCCUGACGGAGAGCCCGACGGCGAGGAUCACCAUCCCCGACAUCAAGAAGGACCGGUGGUACAGCAAACCCCUGAAGAAGGGCGUCAAACGGGCUCGCGUGUCCUCGGGGGGGGUCACCGACUCCCCCAGCGGUUUCUCCAAGCACGUGCGAUCCGAUACGGAUUUCUCGCCGGUGAAGAGCGCGCUGGGCGAGGAGAAGGCGAGUUACUCCACGUCGCAGCCGGAACCCGGCACUGGCGGGGCGCUCUGGGACAGCGGGGCGGCCAGCAUCGACAAGCUCGUGCAGGGCAUCAGCUUCUCCCAGCCCGCCUGCCCCGACCACAUGCUGGUCAACAGCCAGCUCCUCGGCACCCCGGGGUCCUCCCAGAGCCCGUGGCAGCGGCUGGUGAAGCGGAUGACGCGGUUCUUUACCAAACUGGACGCCGACGGCUCUUACCGCGCCCUGAAAGAGGUCUGUGAGAAGAUGGGGUACGGCUGGAAGAAGAGCUGCACGAACCAGGUCACCAUCUCGACCACGGACAGGAGGAACAACAAACUCAUCUUCAAGGUGAACCUGGUGGAGAUGGAGAGCAAGAUUUUGGUGGAUUUUCGCCUCUCCAAGGGGGACGGCCUGGAGUUCAAGCGGCAUUUCCUGAAAAUCAAGGGCAAGCUCAGCGACAUCGUCAGCACCCAGAAAGUCUGGCUGCCCGCCACCUGAACCCCCUGCACCCUACCUGCCGCCUCCUCCUCCUCUUCUUCCUCCUUUUUCCUCCUCUUCCUCCUGGCGGGGCUCCCGCGGCAGCACCCAAACGCCGUGAAGGCGACCGACCGCGCGCUUCAGAUUUUAAAGGUUCAAUAAAGCCCUUGGGGGGGGGAGCGAAGCGAUGCCGCUUGCUGCAAGGGGGAGGUUGCGAUGGGUCCCAUCCUGCCACGGCCAACGCAGGGUGCUGGGCUGGCCUGAUGGGGGGGUGGGCCCUGGGGUGCUCCAUAACCCAGCAGUUAAAAAAUGUUAAAUAAAAUAGAGCAAUUAGGGAUGAAUUCCCACCCCCCAGCUUAUUUUCACCCCAAAACGGGGCACCGGCAGCAUUUUGCCUCGUUACCCAAAUUAACACCGCUCGGUCCAGCCCAGCCCCCCUGCUGGCACCAGCGUUUUGCCCCAAACCUUGAGAUUUGCAGCCAAAAAAACCUCCCUGGGGGUGCGGGGGGGCCGCUCUGCAGCGGUGCUAUAUAAUAA